AUGAUCGUCUAUGUCUUGCUGCUAUUGAUUCACUUAUUCAUACUGCUUCUUCUCUCUUCUGCAUUGAAAAAAGACGUGAAGGACCUCACGGUCGAACCAUCGCUGGAUUCUUUAACAAAGAACAAGAUGCAGAGCAGCAACGCCAUGACCAUGUCCAAGAAUUCUCCAGCACGUGUCAAUGACAUUUCAAUGAUUGACAAUCGAGAUAUUUCCGUGACAUCUUCCCACGUGAUUCCGAUUGAAAGCACUUACCCGAAUGACCUCUCUCGAGCCUUUCCUAGAGUCUGUCAAAAAGCAAAAAGUGGUGUGCAACUCUGCCACGCAGUGGCAGUUUUCGUGACGGAGCGUGCAGGACUGGAGAGUAACUAUGCUCAAGCACAGCUUAAGCUCGCUCAGAGUGCAGAGGCUGAAGACUGGUCGGAGCAUUGUACACAAUGCUGGAAAACAUUUCGAGAGGCAUUAGAGCAUCUGGCCCAAGAGCGAUGGGCGUUUGCGUCGACAAUGCAGACUUCUAUUGUACCUGGUGCAAAAACCUUUGCAGCACAGCAGGAAAUUCAGGUACAACGACUGAUUACAGAGGGGACCAAGAUGCGCUGGGCUCAACAACAGAUGUCUUCUUCGCUGGACAAAGCAAAAGCAAAAUAUGACUGCAAGUGCCAGGAAGCGAUUGAUAUGAUCGCAACGGUGCGGAAAAGUGACAACAUGUCUUCGACAGAUACUAACUCGUUGUCAUCGGACUCGUCGCCGGGCGAAGUGUCACUCUCGAAGGAACUGACGGACAAACUGGCAGCAGGUGCUGGACAGCUACUGACAAAGAUGUGGGAUACCACAUAUGCGUUUGGACGCAAUCCGCUAGAACGACAGCGCUCGAAGUUAUGCGGUUGUUUUGAAGGUGUCAUCGCCGCCGAAAAAUAUUACCUCCAGACUGUGCAAUACACAAAUGCGCAGCGUCUUAUCUUUGUGCGAAAGAUCAACGAGAAUUUACAUGCUCUACAGCUGACGGAAGAGCAGCGACUCGAAUACCUUCGAGAUAUCCUGAUGCGAAUGCAAAAAGCAUUUAUUGACAUGUUGUCUCGAUCCCAGCAGUUCGUUGAGCAAAUGAAAACGAGUGCCAACGAGUUUGAUGAAAUGGCUGAUAUUGAAAAAGGUUUUCAAAGUCUUGGAAGUCAAGAGGAAGUGGAUGUCAAUCGAGCAGACCUAUCGAUAAAUCCUUUCUACCUUCACAUGACGCAUAUCCAGGCGAAGUCAGAUGAUGGUCAGCGAAUGAUUGAAACUAUUAACUCAGUCGUGGUAGAGCUCAUUGCUAGUGAAAAUCGCUUUUUGCAGUCACUGCACAGAUUACUGCGAACUCAUGAGAAUGGUGGUCUUUCUCCGACUACAGAUCUCUUUGGCGCAUCAUCAUCCAAUACGCACAUGAACUUCCUGGCCGAUGAAGGUGCAACGAUGACGAAUGGAUGGAUAGCGGUAAAGGAUCAAACAAAUCUUCUCUUGGAAGUUCAUCAGGAAUUCCAAUCGCUACUUGCCGAGCCUGUGUCGCUUAUUCUUGACACCAUGAAGAGAGAGUACGAGAGCGUCCGCGUUUCAACGCAGGAAAACUUUUUGAAGCUGCACUCAACAUUGUGCAAUGAGACAGCUGCACACAAAAGGCUUCAGCAGAAACUGGAUGCAACAUCCCGGGACUCUGCAAUAGGCUAUUCGCAUUUGCCAGGGUCACCACCCGUGAAGGCAAAUUCUCACGACAUUGAAGUCACUCAAGCCCUGAAAAUGCUGAGUACUAAUACGGGUUUCUUUAAUGAGAAGGAACGGCGAUCAGAAACUAAGCUCCGGCAGCUUGCGGAAAAAAAUCGUCUGUUGCAAACACAACUUGCCAAAAGCACCAGCUUUCUGCAACAGACAUAUCAAGCAUACGUUCAGGAAUCCGAGGCGUUCAUUUCGACUUACAUGGAAAACGAGAGAUAUCGCCUUCAGGCUGGCAAGAACUCGCUGCAGUCGUUGGCCAAAGCGAUUGAGCACAUGUUGCGCAGUGGCACAUCAGUCGGAAACAAAGCGCUCGUAGAAUUUGAAAAAAUUGAUCCAAGCGAAGAUAUUGCUGAGUUUAUUCGAAUGAACCGACAACCGAUUAAACGGGUCAAGCAUAUCGUUGCAAAUUACCACGACAACGACAUCUUGAAAGUAGCCAUACGGGAGUAUCUUGUGUCGCUUGACGCUUCGUCAUCGACGGCUUCAGAAAAUGCGGACAAGUUCCUACGAAGCCCUACCAGCGGCAUGUAUUCACCAAUUUUCAGGAACGAUGCUUUACGUGAGAAGAAACUUUCGCGUGCAAGUACUUUACUGGCAGACGAUGAGCAUGCAAUUUUGACAAAGAAGGAUAAUGCAGGCGGAAGUGUCUCGAGCGAGGAUGAAAGUGCAAAUUCUGGAACAGAGCAAGAUGACAAACUCGUUGAAGCGCAGCCUCUGGAGGAUUCUGACUUUCAAAGGCAGUUCAAGCUGGAUUCGCCUGAGCAGGUCGUCGAAAGUUUUUCAUGUGCUCUAUUCCUCUCCAACUUUCCGUUCCAUGGACGAUUAUACCUGACGAGGAACCGAAUGUGCUUUUCCGGGUGGAGGGACACAAUAUUUGUAGCUUUGUUCUCAGAGAUUACUGCAAUGGGAAAAAAGAACACAGCACUGAUCGUUCCCAACGCGAUUGAGAUCACUGUGAAAGGAGAGAAAGUGUUUUUCACGUCGUUUAUAUUUCGUGAUGAAUGCUUUCAUAGCAUUCAACAGUUGCGCUCCAUCAAGAAAAAAGCUGCAACGCUUUUGUCAGAUACAACAAAGCAACCGUAUACAGAGUCACUAGAUGCUGACAGCGAAUUUGUGACUGGCAACGAGUCAAGACGACAAAGGAGGUGCAAUGAUGUAGUUGCUGUAGCUCCAAGUCGUAAACGGUCCUCGCUUCCCGACGUCAAGAAUAUUGACUACAAGUUCAUUGACAUCGCAGACGAAACAGCUACUGAAGACCGCCGCGAUCCAUCGCUACAUCUUUCGGAUUCUAUGACAUCGAAAGCUCCACUUGUGAUCCCAGACAAAGAUAUUUUGCUCGACGAAUACGAUUUACUGGUAGACGAAGAAGUUGCGCUCAGCGUCGAUACUGCUUUCUUGACAUUAUGGAUUGAGUCUGACACUCUCUUUCGUAAUCUACUCGUUGCUGCCGGCUCAACGGGUAUCUCAUUGCCUCCUUGGAAAAAGAAAGCUGUUGUGUAUACAGCGGUGAACAAACCGGACACGUUUGAUGCUUCUCGGUUGGUUUCGUAUACCCACAACAAAAAGUAUAUGAUAGGACCCAGUGUCAUUCCGACAUCUCAAACUCAACGCUAUGCGUACACACCCGGCAGUCGCCUCAUUGUGAGCACAACGACGUGCGUUUCCGAUGUACCAUACUGCGACUAUUUUCGCGUUGAACAGCGAUGGGUCUUUAGUGCUACGCAAAAGUCUGGUGUGAGCUUAGCACAGGUGGGGCUUCGUGUGCAAUGGUUGAAAAAUACGUGGUUGAAGAAGCAGAUUGAGAGUGCCGCUAUCUCCGAAGCUAAGGAUGCCGUGAAAGCAUGA